CCUGAAGACGAAUUCUUUAGAGGAUGGGGGUGGAACAGCUGGUUCGGACACCGGCGUUUCAGGAUUCUGGCGUCUGGUGCGUCUGUGCCGUGUGGAAUGGGGCCUGCUCCACCUCUGCCUGUACAUGUGCCUGCCGCCUUCCUGCUGUUCUCGCGCCAGUACAGCGAGGGGAUACCCUUCAGGAUGUGGGCGAUGCGUACGCCCUAAACGUGUCGGUGGCGGAGCGGUGCAUCUACUGGACUGACCAGCCACAUCCACUGGUCCGUCUCAUCGAGGUCGCCCGCCUGGAUGGCAGCUGUCGGCGCGUCCUCUUGUGGAAAGGUUUGUAGUAGCCGCGUUCCCUGGUCCUCGAGCCGCGUCGCGGGGGUACAUGUACAUGAGCAGACUCCAUACGCCGCGCCACAAUGGACGGAUCCAACCAGCAACCAUGGCCGGGAGUUUAUAUUCGACCAGGAGACGAGACGAACUGGUUGGCUGCUAGGACUACGUGUACUGGAGCGACUGGAGCACCGGGGACAUUGAUCAAGACGGGCCAGAGCCGCAGCCUGGCCAAGGACGUGACCUGCAUCCCCCAGCUACGACGGACUGCCCGAAUGUGCCGCUGCCCAGCUUCUUGGGCGAACUCGCAGAAGCCUCGAAACAUUGCCGUGCAUGCCACGAAGGCGAGGCGUCUGCUCUUCUCGACAGAUGUCGGCAGCCAUCAGGCCAUCAUUCGGGCCCGAGUCGAUGGCAAUGAGCGUAUGGAGCUGGAAGGAGGAGUCACUGUGCUGACCCUGGACCAACAGUUAUACCAUGCGUAUCAAAGUUAUAGACAUCAAUGGGAAGAACAAAAAAACCUUUGCUUCCAUGCAUAUCCUGCAGGUGAACAACAUUACUGCCUAGGGGGGAUUUGUGUACUACUGCUGGACGACAAGACCGGACUGCAGAGGAUCACUGUUAACGGAGAGCGUCGUUCCGUAGAGCUGCAGCGUCUGUCGCAUUUCACGGACAUCUGGGUCGUGUGGACACCGGAUGCAGUCACGCAGUACUCACGACGACUGCUCGUGCCCCAAGCAUCUGAUGCUAAUGGAAGAUAAUUUUAAGUGGCGGGAGUAGUGAAAUGAGCAACGACUGUAUAUCCGCCUCCUGGCGCUGUGACGAAAGGACUGCCCGACGGAUCAGUUAAGCUGACAGUCAGCCGAGGGCAGCGACAAGGCUCUGAUCUGCGAUGGUACCACCUGUGACAACUGUGACAAUGUCCAUGAGGCCGACUGCUGCAAGCAGCCAGGAGAGUUUCAGUGUCCCAUCAACCAGAUUUCUUUCGUGCUACAAGAAAACCUUUGUUUAUGGAAAAUCCAAUAAAAACGAGUAUUUAAAUUAA